UUUGGCAGACGUAAAGUGUGACCAAAGGUUAUCAGAUAAGAUUUUAAAUUAGAUAUCGAUUGGGUUGAGAUUUGUGUAAAACCGAGCUCUGAGGUAAAAUGUUUUACUAUCCAAAUGUGCUUCAGCGCCACACUGGAUGCUUCUCUACUAUCUGGCUGGCAGCUACCAAAGGCAUCAGGAUUUCCAGAAGAGAGUAUCUCAAGGUCAACGUCAGGCGAACGUGUGAGGACAUUGUGGAUUACGUGACGGUCCGGGUUCCUCCAGUCCAUCCCAGUCUUCCCCGGCCACGUUUCUCUCUUUACCUGUCCUCUCAGCUUCAGUAUGGCGUAGUCAUCGUCUACCAUCGCCAGUGUGCUUUUCUGCUGGAGGAGGUCCAGCAGACGAUCGAGCGUUUGCUUCGCUCAAAGAGACACUUGAACAUUGACAUGCUGGACACUGAUAGAUUGGUGCUGAAUGUCCCCGACUCUCUGUUCCAGCUGGAGGAGGCAGAAUGGGCGCUGGAGCCGUUUUUUGGAGUGAUGGGGGUUGACUGUGAGCCGCCUAGUCCUUGCUUGCCAUCUCAGUGUAUAAAGGGCUCAUCUCCUCUGGUGGCUAGAAAGGAAAUUGCAUCACCCAAAGGCCUCAUUGCUUCUUCUGAAUCAAUCACUAUCAAAGACGCAGAGCCGGUGCCUGUGCUAGCAGCGGAGUUUGGUGGUGCUGAGUUACCUGAAGCCACUGCUCAGGAGAUCGACAUGCUCAUGGAACAGCAAGAUCAGUUCCAUCUUGGUGGUGAGACGGAUGAGGACGAUAAGGAGAGGGAGAGGGUGACAGAAGUGGAGAAAUCAGGAGAUCUGGAUCCCGCUAUGGUCUCUAUAGAACAACUGAAGAACAGUGAGUGCAUCGUGGAUGAGGGGUAUGGACGUCCUACAGAAGUCACCUUAGAUAGGGUGGCUUUGGAGAUGACCCCUCCUCCCAUCAACAUGCCACCAACCACAGAAGCCAGCGAGAGAGACGUGGAGAUGGAGCUCUCCAGUGAGACAGUCGCGAAGCAGUCUGUGCCUCCGAAGAGACGGGGUCGCAAACGGCAGCUGAUCUUCGCUGACCAAAACACACAGAUUUCCCAGGAUGCAAUGCGGCAACAAAUCAACAACCGUCUGAUUGAAACUCAAUCUCUGUCUGACACUCUAAUAAGUAUCCCUGCCUCUCAGAAGUCAUCAGCGGCGGCUCUGCUCAGCACACCGUGUAAAUUGCUCAUCCACCCUGACCUCCAGGCACUGUGGAAAUGCUGCAGUGUUUCCUCCAGGCUCCCCCGUCCCUCCAGGAAACGGCAGGGGCAGGAGGAGAGUGAGCUGUGGGAAAUGGAGAAAGAAAGAGGAAUGCAGAGGAGCCGGGGGUCUGGUAGAGAGGUGGUCAGGGAAUCUGGAGCGGCUGCACUGGCUCUGUCUGAGCUCUCAGCUGGUUCAGACGUGCCGCUGGAUGUGUCCAAAGGAGACAAGUCUCAGAGUGACCUCAUCACUCCCACCAGCAGAUGGUCUCCUAUAGAAGAGGCUCCUGUUUCUAUGGAGGUGAUAUUAGAGGAGCGCGUCGAACUGCCAGAAAGAGAGACGGAGCCGGAGAUGAACGUCAUCACCGCUGCCGAACUUCUCCGACUGAUCGACCAUUUCGUCAAGAGCUUUGGAAAGGUUCGCUUUCGUUCACUGCUGCCCCCAGAGGCCGAGCGCGGUACCGCAGCUCAUCUGUUCUACAGAACACUGGAGCUGCUCUGCAGUCUGAAGUUAAGUGCAUGGCAGACUGAACCGUUCGGAGUCAUCACCAUUACCAUGAACCGCUGAACACACACGCCAAGUGCAAACAUGCGUGCUCUCAAACAUGUUGAAGCUGUUCGAUUGUUUUAAACUUUUGCUGAGCGCACACUGCUAGGAUGAGCUACAUUAAGUCAGUUCAGAAGUCAGUUUAAAUACACAGUUUUUAGUCUUGUAUUCAUAACAAACAAAUAUAGAAAUGGUUAUAAUGUUUGUGAUGAUUAUGAAUGUGUUAUUAUGUUAACAUUUAGAUUUAACUACAGUGUGAACAUUUAAAAUGCACGGCGUGGUUUUAAAUGUAGAGCGAAUUGAAGUUGUAUUACAAUAAUAAACAUUUUUAACAGGUUUUUUUUAAGUUUUGAACUUAUGAUGGUUAAUGUGUUCGUUUUUUAACUUUAUACUUUUUGUAUUUUUAUAUUUACGUUACUUAGCUGUUCUAAAGAUAUGUAAAAGAAAAUAUGAAUCAUUUUACAGAAUAUAAUGUACAUAUGAGUUGUGAAGUUUUUAGCUGUGCUCAAGUUGCAUGUAUAAGCUGAAUGAGUUCUACAGAAUUUGUCUCAGUACCAUUUGAAAUACAAU